GAGAGGAACCCCUUCUGCCAGCUCCAUGCUCUAGCAGAGCGGAGCCAGCAUUAGUUACUUGCCUGCGACAGACCAAUCCAGAACGGUGCAGCCGUCUCAGGAGCAGCAAGUGAGAGAGCUCCGCCCAGCCUGGCCGGAGGAUGGACUCCCUCCCCGAAGCCGUCCUGAUCCAGAUCCUGGCCUCCAUCCCCGCGGUGGAGCUGGUGCUGGCAUGCCGCCUGGUCUGCUGCCAGUGGAAGAACCUCGUGGACGGAGCAGCUCUCUGGACCCUGAAGUGCCAGCAGGAGGGCUUCACCGGGGCAGAGCCUAAAGAGGAGGCCGAGAACUGGCAAACAUUCUACUUCCUGAGUAAGAGGAAGAGGAAUUUAAUCAAGAACCCCUGCGGCGAAGAGAAUUUAGAGCACUGGGGGGAAGUGGAGAACGGAGGUGAUGGCUGGAAAAUUGAGGACCUGCCGGGAGACUUUGGAAAAGAAUUUCCCAGUGAUGGAGUCCACAAAUACUUCGUCACCUCCUACGAGUGGUGCCGCAAGUCUCAGGUCAUCGACCUCAGGGCUGAGGGUUACUGGGAGGAGCUGAUGGACACAACCCAGCCUAAAAUUGUGGUAAAGGACUGGUACGCGGGUCGCAGCGACGCCGGCUGCCUCUACCAGCUGCACGUGAAGCUGCUGUCAGAGCACGAGGACGUCCUGGCCGAGUACCAGAGUGACACGGUCGCCAUUCCGCAGGACAACGCUGCCAACUGGACCGAGCUCUCCCACACCUUCUCCAACUAUGGGCCCGGGGCUCGCUUUGUGCGCUUUGAACACGGAGGCCAGGACACACUCUUCUGGAAAGGAUGGUACGGGGUCCGCGUGACCAACAGCAGCGUGAUGGUGGAGCCCUAGCCGGGCCAUGGCCCCUCAAGCUAGACCGGGUCCCGUUCACCACAGCUGACCCUUUGGGUCCUCCAUGGGCUUUGGAUGGUUUCUGCAUGACGCUGCUUCCAGAGACGAGGCGGGAGCGCCAGGCUGAGAGUAUAUAACUACAUGUGUGUGUGUGUGUCCCAUCUUUCCUCACUGAGUUAUGCAGAGUCUGGGAGUAGCUGGUUUGGGGUCCAUUAAUGCACCAACCCUUAGAAAGCUUUAAAAAAACCUCACUGCUCUCCCCUGCCCCACUCGCCCGACGCCCUUUCAGCCACCCCCAGCGUCGCUUUGUAGUGGUGCCAAGGCUGGAGUAGGGGGAACGAGCGAGCUGGCUAUAAAUAAUCCCAGGACCCUCCCUCUCCUUUGGGCUGACGUCACCUCAGACCCUAAACCUCCCUCCCCAGCAGCUGCGCUGAACAGUGACUCUCACGGUGCCACUUACCAGCAUCAGAUACAGUCCAUUUUGAGAGGGAUGCAGGCUUCAUCUUUUAGACGCUUCAAGAGAGAGGCAUGGCCCUAUGGUCUCAACACAGGACCAGGAAGCCCUGAGUCCCAGUUCUGCCACUGAGCCCCUCUGUGGCCUGGGGCAAGUCACUUAGCUUCUCUCCCCAUCUAUAACAACAACAGUUGCCUACCUCCUGGGAGAGAGAGCUCGUUAAAGUUUGCAUUGCUGGGUGGCUGGUUUCUUUAUUAUUAUUAAUAACGCAAAGCAGCAGAGAGAGGAGGGUGCCUUUUGUCUUAGGCUGGGCUCAGGAAGGGAACAUAGAGAUGAAGGUGGAGACUGCCCUGGAGCCAUGUCUAGUUUGUUAAAAAUGAAGCAGCUUAGCUAGCAUAAGCCAAAGUCUGGAAAGAGACCAGGACCUGAGCCCAGGCAGAUCAGCUGGAAAUAAUCCAGAUGGGAGAGAGAAAGAGAGAGUAAGUGUGAAUGGAACAAGAUCCAGCUUCCCCAAGGGGCCUCUAGACUGGGCUAAAUCCUGACCUCAGGCUCUUGCUUUUUGUAGGCAGGACAGAGGGAGGUUCUUAGAGGAACCCUCCUUUCAAGAACAUCUUCUGCCUCAUCCCUUGGGAACCUUGGCUCUCUCUCCCAGCCUCCUCUGCGUGCUGCACCCCACGUACCAGGGAAGGGCAUACAUGAGAGCCGCUAUCUCAGCUGACACACCAGGGAUUGAACCAGGGACCACCAGAGCUCAAGGUGUGACCGGCUAUCACUUGAGCUACAGCCCCAAGGCUCCUGGGUGGGAAGGGCGGUAACAGGUUCACAUCCUCUGCAAAUCAGCUUCACCCAUGUACCCCGCUCUGCCCCACCUCCAUCUCCCCCUGCUCUUCUCCAUCCUCCUCAUCUCUCCCCUCUGCUCACUCCCCUUUUCAUGUUAGCCCCUGUGCCCCCCCCCCAAGUGCCCUCACUCUCUUCCUCUGGGGGACGUUCUCCUGGACUCCCCCCUCUGACGCCUCUGGAAUUUCUUGGGCUUGAAGCUCCUGGGGAUGGUAUCUGUGGGAUGUAGCCCAGGCUCUGACGUCGCAUGCUAGAGAUAACAGGUGGAAGGGAAGGCCGGGCAAUGCAGAAAGUCACAUGCUCCAGAGCCUAAGAACCCACUGCAGCCUCUGAGCACUGCCCAGGGCCUGCAGCGAGUCCCAUGCUAAUCAGGCUUUUGGAGCCCAGAGAAGCUGCUGCUAACCGUCAUCUACCCAAGGAUGAGACCUGGCUGUUUCCAUGGGGCCUCUGAAAACACAGAUGCACCUCGAAGGCACACGCCUAUGUGCCAGGAAACACGUACGUGCAUCCUCCCCCUUCCUGCCUCUUGACACGGCCUUGGGCCACGGCCUUGGGCCACGCCCACAACACCGAACAGAAAGUCCUAAACUUAGCUGAGCCGAGACUAGCCCCCCACCACCCAGCAACCAAUCCUAGUGGAAGAGCCUAGGCGGCCCCUUCCCUUAAGCAGGCUGAGUGGGUGGCUGGAGAGAAAGUGUGUCCUCUUUGCCUCUGCUGUCAGGACAGUGCACCCAUAACCCCUAGCACCAAACUGUGCCAUUAGCCAAUGCAACACGCUCGUGUUUCUUUUGCAAAAGGCAAGAGCAGUGCUUGAUCUGGGACAGGGCGGCACCUCUGGGCUUGGCAGUUCAGAGCCCAGAGACGCUGGGGCAGCUCAAAGAGGGAGUUCAGAGCCCCAGCACCGCUGGCCUUGCCAUGUCAGUUAUGGAAGUAAAACAAUUGCUUGAGCCCCGGCCCCUCUUUCAUUACAAAGGAGGCCCUGGGCAAGCGCUUCUGAGCCGCCACCUCGUGUGUCCAGCCUUCUGUCAGGCUCUCUGCAAGUUGCUGCAUCUGGACACGUGGGCCCCUCUUGCAUCCUAGGCCCCUGUCCCAAGCCGGAUGGUCUCUCUGGCUGAAGACCACAAAUAAAAGCACUGUGUGUAUGA